UCGAUAUGACCCGAUACUUAGUUCCGGGAGAGAAAUGCUUAUUUCCUAGACUUUUGUACAGGGAGCUACGAUUAAGUUUUCUUCGAUUAUGCGCGCAAUUGUGGGUUUAACAGUGGUCAUAUGUGCUGCUACAUUAUAUCUCUACAUUCUGUCUUCAUACCUUCCGACCGGACCUCGAUAUCCGCAGAAAGGAAAGGAGAAUGGAGAAACGUCAGACACCGACCAAAACAAGGAAAGUGAUUUUACAGGCGAAGAGCAGAGACUAAAGUUCCCCUCAGACCUGGAGGAUCUGAGAAAUCUGUCAGAACUGCUGCAUUUUUACAAGACUGAGCACACUGGAUACAUCCUGCUGCUCUUCUGCAGUGCCUACCUCUACAAGCAGGCCUUUGCCAUCCCUGGGUCCUCCUUCCUGAAUAUUCUAGCUGGGGCUCUGUUCGGCCCGUGGCAGGGUUUGGUUCUGGCUUGUGGUCUGACUACUGUGGGUUCCACCAUGUGUUUUCUCCUAUCCCAGGCCUUUGGCAAACACUACAUCACAAACCUCCUCCCUGGAAAGGUGUCCAUGCUGCAGAGAAAGGUGGAGGAGAACCAGAGUUGUCUGUUUUUCUUCCUCCUCUUCCUCCGGUUUUUCCCCAUGACUCCUAACUGGUUCCUCAACAUGUCUGCCCCCAUCGUCAACAUACCUGUCACGUCCUUCAUCUUCUCGGUCUUCAUUGGUCUGAUGCCAUAUAACUUUAUCUGUGUCCAGACGGGCUCCAUGCUGUCUGAGCUGUCCUCUCUGGAUGAGUUGUUCUCCUGGACCAGGGUUCUACAGCUGUUAGCUAUGGCAUGUGCGGCCCUGCUUCCUGGGUUCCUCAUCAGACGCUACAGCCAAACACAUCUCAAACUGGAUGGCCCAGUGCCCAGUGGAGUCGCCAGGAAGACCCAGUGAGCAACCCAAGGAUUCUGAGUGGUCUCUAGCAGUACUAGUUAUGUCUUCAGAGAGUUUGGCCACGUUUUACCAUGGCUGCCAUGAUGGCACAUCUAAUCUCUAGAAUACUUGAACGUCUCUGACACUUUCCCAUGAAAUGACGCUUGCAAACAAGCAACACAGUAAAGCAAGUACACAGACCUGGUUGAUUACAGGAUUAAGUGCUUGUGAUGUCAGCAAAUUGUCAUCUUUAAAUUGAGAUCUUCAUUGGUUUCAAAAACAAUAAAAAUAGAAAGUACAAUGCCAAAUAAAUGAUUAUCAGUUAGCAAGAGUUAUGGAAGAAACAGUGGCAAUCUCGAACAACAUCUGUCAUAAACAGCUUUGGCCAAACUCUCUGUAUUGCGCUUUUUCUAUGUAAUAUAUCUCUCUAUCUAUUUAUCUAUAUAGAUAGAUAGAUAGAUAGAUAGAUAGAUACACACACCAGGAGUAAUACAGACAAUCAUAUUGUAUCAUAUACAGUAUAUAUCACACUAUAUGACACCAUAUUACUUGUGGUCUAUAUGACACGAACGCUGUACAAGUCUCCAUUUGACAAUUACUCUCCAUUGUUUAAUGGAGACUCCGUGAGCAUCCUGUGUCAGAUUCUCCUCAUCUGUAUUCCUGUCUGCUGUCAUUGGGCUCAGGGCGGGGGGCCAGAGGGAACAUUUUUACAAAGGAGAUCGGGUAGGCAUUUUGUUCCUUCAUGUUUUUCUGGGUGAAGGGAGUUAGACAUAAAUUACAAGCAUAGUAAUACUAGAUACUAUUGCUGAUUGUUUUUUAUUCAUUGGUGUUUGGUGCUGACACACAGGGCUUUAGAACGUUCAAGUGUAUCUAUUUUAAACUGCUUGCUACCUCACACGUUGAUAAAGAAUGUCCUGCAAAGACAAUGAAGAGAAGGGUUAACCAAGAGUUUUGUUAAAUUAAUAAUAAUCAGUUUAUUAUUACAUGGGGAAUUUGGUUGGUUGUGUGUUAUUUUAAACAUCAUGCAUCUUAUCAAAACAAUGUUUUAACUGCUACCCAUCAAAAGCCACAAUGAAAUUGUAUCCUCUUGGUUUAAUGUUUUUGUAAAUGUGUUUGUCAUGAAUUUACGACAUUGUAUUAAAUUAUGGAAUGUGUAUUUUUGUAUAUAUUUAAUCUGUUUUAAAAUAGACUGUAUUUAAAUGUGGUUUUCUGAAUGUAUGUAUUGAUUAUUUUUAUUUCUAAGUAAAAGAAAAAUCCUGAGUCUGUGUUCUGUCAUUAUUAUUCCAUGUUAAGGUCUGCAACAUCUGGAUUCAUUUAUUUACCUUACAGUGCUGUAAAGAAUGGAUCUGAAAAGUGUAUCCUUAAUUUCUUACUGUAAAGAGUGCAUCUGAAGAGUGUAACCUUAGUCUUACUGUAAAGAAUGAGUCUAAUGACUUUAACCUUAAUGUCUUACAGUAAAUAGUUUGUUUAAAAACUUUAACCGUAAUGUCUUACU